UGUCGGACUAGCCUUAGUACCGAAGUCCGUGGGACUGUACGCUUAUAUCAAUACCUGAACUUCCUAUUUCUUUCAGUCUGAGAGCUUGGUGCCGAAGUCUUGGGAACUGUACACUUAUAUCAAUACUUGCAGUUCUUUCCAUGCAAGAGCUCGGUGACAAUACCCCUGGUGACAAGAACGAGUGUGAUGAACACCAUCGCCCGCUUACAGCUAAGAUCACUUACAAGAGGGGACUUCACAGCCAAUAGUGUAGCCAAUAAACUUCAUUUAACCACCAUGGCGACGGCACACAAGAUUCACAUCACGCCCGACAACACCGGACUCUGGUCUAUCAAACAGACUAAUGCAGGAGCGAAAAAGACGACUGAACUACUGCAGAAUGAUCUCGAGAAACACCACUGCUUCUUCAAUAACAUGGGCUUUCACGAUCAUAUAAGCCAUCAUCUGCUCGCAUUGUACGGCAUUGGUGCCUCAGCAGACCACAUUCAGAUGGCGUACGAUGAUAAUACCAACUACCAGAAAGCGCAAUAUGAAGUCCAUCCAGAUCAAGUCAAAGAGCUGAAAGAUUUCGAAGUGGCGAAGACGAAACUCGGGAAAGAGGAGUACUACACCGACUUCCUGGCCUUUUUCCAAAAUGAGAUAGAGGAGAAGGGUUGGCAAGCAGUCCUCAAUGAGUAUCUCUUCAAAGGUGAUGAGCGAAGCGAGGAUUUGUUGGUCCGCAUGUUCGCAGGUUUCUUGCAUCCCCUAAUCCAGCUCAUGUACGGCGUAGAAUGGCAACAGCCAGCCAUCGUAGCAAUGGGGCUGGCACAGGCAGCCGUGCACAAAGACAAUCUGGAGAAUUUCUUCACAAAGGCGGAAGAAGCCGCGCGGGCGUCUUCAGAGCCCAUGCCAGAAAUUACAAGCCUAUUUGAAGAGGUCGCCGCGGAUGAGAAAAUGUCAAAAUCUGCGCGCAUGAGCGAUGAGAAUAAGAUAUAUAACGGCGUUUUCAAGCGCGCCUGGGAUGAGGCCAUCCGCAUCUCAGCGAAAGUGAAGGUCAAGCCUGAGGAACUUCAUGAGAAGACUGUCCAGAUGUAUAAUGCGAAUGUUUUUGAAGCUGCUUCCGCCGCUCUUCGUCCGGGGAAGGAGGUGCGAUUCGAUUUCUUCUUAAUGCACCACGUAAACAUAUGUCCAAUACUACUAUCCAUCAACGCCCAAGACUGGAUCCCAACAGCAUGCAAAGUGCGCCUCCUAGAAUGGAAGAUCAGAUUCGACCUCCUUGAAUACGCAGCGCGGGGAUGUCCUCCCCUCUCCCUAGAGAACAUCAACUCCUACAUCCCCAAGGAGCAAACUCGUGAUAAGACUCGCGCUGACCUACUCCCACGAGUCUACGCCCUCCACGACGACGGCCACGUCUCAAAGCUAAUCCGCGCAAUCGGGAUCUGCCACGACGCAAGCAAAGCCCACGAGGACACGGACAAGCCGUGGCUCAAGAUCAAAGGCGAAGCUCUCUGGACCAAACUAUACCAGAUGGUCCUAGACUCAGCCGAGGGCGACGGGCCGAAAUGGGUGCGAGGCGCAGGUGACCCCGAAGCAUGGGAGGAAGUUCCCGACAGCAAAGAGGGCCAAGGGCGCCUGUAAGCAAGCAAGUGGAUGAUGGGCCAUAUGACAUUUCGCUCUCACGAAUGACGACAUACAACUCCGCUCAAAAUAUCCAAUCUGUUACUCUUUUUUUUUUUUGCUGUAUUCUAUCUAGCCCUUGAAAGAAAUGAAAAUCCAUAUGAACUAUGCUUAAACUGAAGC